CUCAAGCGCAUUCCUGCGCUCAUUUGGCGGGAUCCGGCCGAAACAAGGGCCGUCGUGCGAUUGUUUGUGACUACAUUGUGGUGGGUUACCAUGUGGUGGCCCAUGUUCAUGUUUGCUUGGUGCCUUCGGGUCCUUGGAUCCCGUGUGCAGCCAAGCUCGUCUGCAAGGGUCCUUUCAAGCUCGUCUCGAACGCGAACAAAUCCUAAAGACAUUUGCGCAAAGGGCAUCCACAUGCAGUUGAUGACGAGCCUUGCGGAUCAGCAUGCAGUGAACCCCAACUCAGACGUGGACGAAGAACAUCACUUCAUAUUGAGCAGAGAUUUGAUGGUGGGAGAGCAGGAGAGCGGCUGGUGUGCCGAUUUGGUGAGAAGCCCACCACUCUGGGAGGACAAGAACACUGAGAUUUGGGAUCCCGAUAUGUCCGAGGGGCUUUCCUUCUUGUACGGCCGCAUCUCGGUGGGCUGCGAGGAAAGCCCAGCCUCCAGAGUCUCCAGUACUGUUUGGUGGCCUUCAUCGGACCCGGCUCGUGACCUUCACCCGGCUCGUGCGAUGGUGAGGACAACGAAGGCAAAGCGAUCUUGAAGAUCCAACAGUACUCUUGCCGUGAAAUGGUGCCCUUCUCCACUAUUUGGGCCAACGACCCGGCGCCCAGCAAGAGGCUUGAAGACCAGGUACCCGUGUCCAGGUUCGAGUAUUCUGAGUUUACCUGCAGCAAUCCUCUUCAAGCAUUGCCCAGCCUUCUUCAUGUCGGACCCAUCCAGGUGCUGUCGGAAGUUGGCAGCUUAGAAGAGGCCACCAGCGCAUGCGAUGGACAGGAAUCCUGCCAAGCUGUUGCCAUCGAGGGUGGGCAGCGCUUCCACCUCCUCAAUGCCUUCACCUGCCCUUUGCCGCCGGAUGGCCUCGCCGGUGCCGAAUUCCACACCGGCGACGCGGUCCGCUUGCGCCUCUCCGCGAGCUCCGCGGCGGAGACGGCGGAGCUCGCGGUGGAGGGGAAGGUGUUGGAAGACUGGAACCUUCAGGACUUGGAAUCUGAAGUCUUCGUACAGUUUGCGGAUCGGGCGGAGUAUGUCUUGCCAGAGCACCUGGUGAAGGAGAAGGAGUAUGCAACCUCCUGGGAAGUCUUGCAGAAAGUCCGCAAGCGGAAGGUCUUUUGUGAGAGUUUGCUGCAGCAUUCCAGCUGUGACAUCUACAGCAAGGCAAUGGCAGAGAAACUUUUGGACGGCGCCACGCCCUCCAGCUGCCAAGAGGCCUGUAGCGAGCGCAUGGCAGCCAUGCCCUAUUUACGGAGCUGUUGUGUUCUUUCGGAUGGCAUUUGCGCUUUGACCAAAGGUGAGCUCUUUGAACUGGAGGAUGAGGACAGGAAAAAGUUCACGGAGUGGGCUGGCGAAUGCUAUCAGGAGAAGUGCUCCCUAGAUCCUGAGUGCGCCGUGGGCAAGGGCGACGUGCCUGCGGCGGGUGCACAUGGGCAAGAGAUUCCAGAAGGCACUCUUUUGUUCGACUUCGCUCAUCCCUUGAGCACGCCAUUCACACUGGAUCCGUCUCAAGGGUUGAUCUACCACGUGGCGGCCAAGAAGAACGAUCGACACGUUUUGGAUGCCAUGAAGGACAAGAAUCGACUCCUCCGCGUGGUGGGCCACGCGGACUCCACAGCUGGUCAUGAGAGAAGAGCGCUUGGGAAGUUGCCCAAGAACUUGCAGGAAUUGAACCCGAAGGUGAGGAAGCACUUGGCAAAGAUCCAAAAGAACUUGCAGGAGAGCUGCGAUCGGCUGAGCGCCACGGUGGGCCGUCGCUUCUUGGCCCCCAACCUGGUGGAGGCCGUGGCCUCCGACGCGUGUGAAACUCAUCGCUCACGACAUUCCAUGGAAAGCUGCGUGGUGAAGGCUGGCUGCCGAGCUGAAAGCCCGGAGGAAUCCAAGCACCCGGACUGGAUGCCUUUUUCUCCACUGGAAUUCUCACAACUCCCUUAUGAUUUGUUGGCCUGGCAACGGCCGGUGCCCUUCUGCUGUGCUUCGGCCUACUCCCUGGACGAGCGCCAGGAGCGGAUGGCGCGAACACUGCUUGAGAAGGCGGACGUGAAAGGUGUGAACCUCAAACGCAUCGAGGACCGCAGCGUGCGCGCCAGCUUGAAGGACUCGGUAGCUACUGGCACUGCGGCGCUCAAGAAGAUGUUGAAUCACCACGUGAGCAACGAUGAGGAGCUCGACUGGCUGGGGCAGAUGGUCCGUACUGCCUUGGAUCAGUUCAAGAGUAUCCUCUCCGAUUUGCAGGAGACGGUGGACACCGAGUCCUCGAAUGACCUGGAGAUCUCGGAGGAUGGCACCACCUUUUUGCAGGUCUGUGAGCAUGGUGACCAGAUCACGCCGAGCGGCAAGAACGCCACUGUGGUGGCCCGAUGGUCGCCAGAACACCAGGCAUUCCUGCAGAUUGACCCCGGAAAUGCGCUGAAGACCGUGUGGAACGUGAUCGCCUCCGUACCAGGUGCAGUGUUCCGCUACGGCCUGAAGCCCUUGUGGAACUUUGUGGCCAAGCCAUUGUUACGCUAUGGCGUAUCAUUGGUGAAGUGGAUCCUGGAGCACCCUCGUGCAGCGCUUUUUGUCGCCAAGUUCGGCGUUUUGGUCCGCGACCAGCUUUGCGAGAAGGUCUCCUGGCACAUCUACGGCGAUCCGGGCGUCAAUGCCGUGGGCGCUUUGGCCUAUGCAUCCGAGUCUGCCCAGAAGUUGACCGACUACGCGAAGCAGACCUUCUCUCCUGCGGUGCUGUUGACCGGGCUGAAGGAAGUCUUGGGCUCAGCACCCUUCAUGGACUCGAUCACCGAGAUGGGCAAGUUCAGCUUCUCCCUGCUGUUGGGCUGGACGGGCUUGGCCUCUGGCGGUGCGGCUGUGGCUCUGCUGGGCACCUUGUCCUCGAUCGUCGCCCAGGCGGGGCUCGAGGCUGGACGCCGAGCCAUGGAAUUGAUGAUCUACCAAGAGAUUGCCAACGAAAUUCCAGCAAAUCUCUUCGACAUCAUGACCAAGAAAUGCCUCUAUAAGCGUGAGCCAGUACACCAGGUAACCUGGAACGCGACACAAUCGGAGGUGAUGACUGCUGGAAAAGAUGCAAUCCAGCAAGUUACCCAGACCGUGGCAGCUGCUGGGAAGACCUUGACUGAACAGAUGAGUCGAUGGAGUAGCUUGUUGUCCUCUUUCAAGGGAAGUGCCUGAGGUGCCGACCGGUGGCUUUUGUUGGGGCGCAGACUGACGGCUUUUGGGUUUCGACCGGGCGGAAAGCUGACCGGGCUAUAGCCACAGAGGUCGAAGCGCUGCUUCUGGGAGUCAUGCUGUGCUUUGGGGA